AUGAAGUUCUCCGCUGCCGCCGUUCUCGCCGUCGCCGCUGGCGCCUCCGCCUGGGAGAAUGUCACAUACACCACCGAGGUUGUGACUGCCAUCACCACCUUCUGCCCUGCCGCCACCACUCUCACCCACGCCGGCACCACCUACACCGUCUCCGAGGCCACCACCCUGACCAUCACCGACUGCCCUUGCACUAUCACCAAGCCGGUCACUACCCAGACCUCGGUCGCCUGCGUCACCUGCGCUGUUCCCAGCCCCCCAGUCUACCCUAACGGAACUGCCCCCGUCGCCGUCCCCACCACUGCCCCUGUCGGCACUGGUGGUGUCUCCGUCCCCACCACCACCGGUAGCAGCCCCGAGACCACCUCGCCGAUCGCCACCGCUGGUGCCGGCAGGGCCGCUGCCCUGUCCGGCGCCGGCCUGGCCGGUGCUCUGGGUCUGGCCGCUUUCUUCCUGUAA